AUGCCUGGAAAGAUCACGGUGUAUCUGGACCUCGUGUCACCUUUUGCGUACAUUGGCUACCACAUCCUCCGCCAUUCGCCAGCCUUCAAAGAUGUAACCAUCACAGCGGUGCCGAUCUUCUUGGGCAGGCUGAUGAAAUCGACGGGCAACAUCUCGCCCAUCUUCAACAAAGACAAAUACCUACUCACCAAAGACCGUCUCCGCUGGUCCCGCAUCUUCUCGGUGCCCAUGUGCAUCCCGAUGCCCACCGGCUUCCCCGUCAACCUCGUCAAGCCCAACCGCGCCCUCGCGUACAUCGCUUCUCGCCACCCAACUCACCUUCCCACGGCCUUUGAGGCGCUGUAUCACCAGUUCUGGGGCUUGGAGAUCUCGAAUGUCAAUAUUGGGCAGCCGGAUGGCGAAGCCGGGUUCUUAACCGUUCUGAGGGAGGUGUUGCCCAGGGAGGUGUACGAGGAUGUGGAGAGGGAGUGGAGUGGAGAGGAGGCGAAGACACUGUUGGUGCAGAAUACGGAGAGGGCAGAGAGGGAGGGGGUGUUUGGGUGUCCAUGGUUCGAUUGUGAGAAUGAGAAGGGAGAACGGGAAGGGUUCUGGGGCGUCGAUCAUAUGGGUCAGGUGGUUCGCUUUAUGGGGCUAGAGGACCGGGAUGAGAAUCAGCAGGUUUUGAAGGCGUUGCUUUGA